CCUAUUUAACAGAGCAGGACGCCACUGAGGGCAUUUGUAGCAAAGGACGGAGGAGAGACAGGAACUCAGAGCCAAGACAGAAGUGCCACUUUUCAAGAAGAGGUCUCCAGGACAGCACUGACAACGCUUCAGCUGAGGUCAAUCUGCAAAAAGAAACAAGAGUUGAAGAGUGAAAUGUUAGUUUGGAGCUGGUGAAGAGGACGAGUUCUAAGUGACAGACGCCGACGAGGACGAUGCUGAGUGUGGAGAUGUUCCCCGGGUUGACUCUGGGACCUCAGAGGAUCGGAGACUGCUUCUACAGAGACCGGGAAGCUCCUGCCCACAUGUCGCUGUUUCCGCCAGCCUGUGACGUGGCCGCCAAAGCCCUGCCCCAGAGGCUGCUGGCUCCUCCCCCUGUCCCGAGCGAGCCUUCGACCAAAACCCCAAAAGACGACGUGAGGAUGGAGCUGGAGAACUCAUCUCUAUGGAAACAGUUCAGCUCGGUGGGCACAGAGAUGAUCAUCACAAAGAAGGGCCGACGGAUGUUUCCCGGCUUGAGGAUGAAGCUGUCGGGCCUGAAUCCAUCUCUGCGUUACAUCCUCCUCCUGGACAUCGUCCCAGUGGACAACUCCCGCUAUCGCUUCCAAGGUGGCGGCUGGCAGGCUGUCGGGGGGGCAGAAGCAAGGCUACCAGACCGGGUCUUCAUUCAUCCAGACUCCCCCGCCACGGGCGCUCACUGGCAGAGCCGCACCAUCUCCUUUCACUACGCCAAGCUCACCAACAACACACUGGACUCACAGGGACAUAUCAUCCUGCACUCGCUGCAUCGCUACCAGCCCAGAGUUCAUGUGAUCGAGGCCAGAGACGUGCUGAGGUGGGGUGGAGGGCAGCACUCCUUCGUUUUCCCCGAGACCCAGUUUCUUACAGUCACCGCCUACCAGAACAACAAGAUCACAGAGCUGAAGAUCAACGCCAACCCCUUUGCAAAGGGCUUCAGAGACGAUGGCAUGAACAGCAAAAAACAAAGAGAUGCAAGACAGAAGCGGAAGAUAGCCGACCUGACGGAAACCUUAGAUAUUGUCAACUGUGAUUCAUGUGACUCUGCCGACCUUUUGGCGCUGCCCCACUCGACCUCCGCCACCUCAGCCGCAGACCUGCAGGCCCUCGCUCUGGCCUCUCUGCCCCCGCUGCCUGACCCCUCCUGUGGGUACAGACCAGAGGAGGCUUCUUAUCAGGACACGCUGGUCCCAGAGCAGCCGCUGGACCUCGGCCAGGCGUACAUGGCAUCCCAGAUGUCUGACAUCGGCAUCUCCAUGACCAAUGGGAUGCAGGACGCACCGGGGAGUGAGGUGGCAAAUAGUAUAAUUGAAAGAUCUGACGCUUUGGGUGAACCAGCUUACUCCUCCAACUUCCCUCCUGCUCAGGCCAACUCCUCCUCGUUCCCCUCAGCUCCUCUUCCUCACUCCUCCUCCUUCUCCUCCCUCCCCAUCCCCGGCCCCUCAGACACAUCUGCUCCUCAACCAUCCAUCCCCCCUUUCGACUAUCCCUCCAUCCUCUCCUCCUCCUCACCC